GGUGGCGGCAGCGGGGAUCGGGCUCCCGCGCUCCCAGUCCCGCAGCUGGCGCGGUGGGUGUGCCCGCAGGGAGUGCUCCCCGGCUCCAGGCCCAGCCCGCCGGCCAGAGGGCGACCGGAGGGUGUGCGCGCCCCGGACGGCAGGGUGCGGCGGCGCGCGGUGCGUGCCAGGACGCGGACGGUGCAGAGGAGGGAGGAUCGUGCUACAGAAGACCGUGCAGCCGCAGCUGCGUGCACCCCGAAGCCGGGUGGGCGCCCGCGCUGCUCCGGCCCGGUGAUCGCUUCCAGCCAGAACCUAGCGGCUCUCCAAGAACUCCCCACAGAUUGCACAGACUCAGUGGAUGAGAGGUGCCUGAGAGACUGAGAGCUGUAUUCAUAUGAUGGAGACGGCAGAUGCCAAAGACCAGUCCUCUCGGGGGGAUGAAGAGAAAGAUCCUGCAAAGAGCCACCCUUACUCUGUGGAGACCCCAUAUGGCUUUCAUUUGGACCUGGAUUUCCUCAAAUAUGUGGAUGAUAUUGAGAAGGGACACACCAUCAAAAGGAUUCCUAUCCACAGAAGAGCCAAGCAAGCGAAGUUUAGUACUUUGCCCCGAAACUUCAGCCUUCCUGACAGUGGGGCUCGCAUCCAUGCUGCUCCUCCUCAGCAAAACUGGUCUCCUGUGGUGCCCAGAAAGAUAUCCCUGGGGACCCAGGAGCAAUCCCAGUCACUGCCACUGGGUGACGUCCCCCAGGCCUCAAUGUAUGGUAGUAAGCUCAGCUAUCACAGGAAGGCCCUGUUGGCAGAGGAUACCGGGCAGGCAGAGGCUGGUGCUCUGGAGGAUGGUGGGAGUGGACGGCCCCUGCUUUUGAGAGCAUCCAGCAUGCCUGCUACUCUGCUACAAAACCGGGCCCCCGAUGAGUCCAGCCUGACCCCGGUUCCUUCCACACUGCUCCAGGGUGAAGGCAGUGUUUGUGAUGAUACCUUUGACCCUGCAGAAGGGUUCACAGCUUUCCAAGCAUCAACCCAAUCAACAGACAGAGAGGUGGGAGAGCUGGAACCAGCAAUUCCAGAGCUGGUCAUGGAGGGAGCUGAGCCUGAAGAAGGUGCCAUAAAGGCUUCCAUUCACCUUUCUCAGCCAGGUCCUCCCUCCUCAGUCCAGAAUGUACCUAUGGUUCUAGGGAAUGCGGAAAUUCAGCAACAAGCCAGAAAGGCAGAGGUGGUGCUAACUCCCGGCUCUUCCACACCCAGCCCACCCCCUCUGCCAUCCCCCAUCCCUGAGAGUGAACUCUUCCUGGAGGAAAUUGAGCUCAGUAUCAGUGAGAUCCCACCUCCUCCACCCAUAGAGGUGGAUGUGAGGAGCAUUGGUAUCCGGGUAACAGAGGAAAGCUUGGGCCUGGUGGGGACAGAUACCAACAGUGUCUCCAGCCUGAAGAAUCAGGUCUUGGCCCUUGAGGACAAGUUGUCAGAGAGAACAGAGGAGCUUGCCCACGUCAGAGCCGCCCUCACGAGGCAGCAAGAGGAGACCAAGGCAAGGGAACAGAGGAUCCAAGAGUUGGAGUGCACUGUAGCCCGGUUAGAAGAAAAACUUAGUCAAGAGAAGGCCAGUAAUGCUCUGGACCAGACCGAUGCCACGGUAAACACUGAUCCUCUUCGUGAACUCACCCCCAAGGACUCCUGUGACAAGAACAUUGGAGUCAACCUGAUGAGAACCCCAGAUCCUGAAUGCUGGGCAUCUAGAGCAGAGAAGAAUGGCUUCCCAUGGGCCCAAAGUAGUCCCAAGCAAGGCCAUCAGAGUCCCGAAGAACCUGCGCUGCCACCCCAGCUGUCCCUGGCAAGGGGACCUGAACAGGUCCUUGCCUCGUCCUUAUGUAGCUGCCUCUCCAUGGAGCUCAGGAUCAAAGAAGAUGUCUCUGAGCAGGAGAGAGGCCCACAGGUGGGGGCUGAGGACUUAAGCAGGGUAACAGGAGCCUCUCCCUGGAGCAACAGCAGAGAGUCUGCUUCAGUGAUCAGGGAGGAGGCCAGCUCAGAAUUCCCAGGGGCUGAGCUACCUGGAAGGCCCGCCAGUUCCCCACAGGAUGCCACAAUCGGCCAGUAUGUUAAGAAGAUCCAAGAACUUCUUCAUGAACAGUGGAACUGCCUGGAGCAUGGGUACCCGGAGCUGGCCAGCGCCAUCAAGCAGCCUGCCUCCAAGCUCAGCAGCAUUCAGAACCAGCUGCUCAGUUCCCUCAACCUGUUGCUCUCUGCUUACUCAGCCCAGGCCCCAGAGCAGAAGGAGCCACCUGCCCCACCCUCAUCCACCCCUCCACCGCCACCGGAGAUCUCUCCGUCGACCAGCCUUAAAUCCAUAAUGAAAAAGAAAGACUAUGGCUUCCGUGCAGGAGGUAAUGGGACCAAAAAGAACCUUCAGUUUGUUGGGGUUAACGGUGGCUAUGAGACCACUUCCAGUGAGGAGACCAGCGGGGAGGACAGCUCUCCUGAGGACGUGUCUGACAGUGAGACCGAGAAGAAGCGUGAUUGCUCAGAGCCCACACAGGAGAGAGACAUGCAUGCUGCCUGUGAGGCUGAGCAGGGUGUCCCCGAAGGCACCAGUAACUCAGGCCAGACAAGUGGGCCUGGGGAGGAAGUCUCUCAUCUGAGGCCUGAGAGAUGUAAACCCUCAGAGGAAUUUCUUACCGCAUGCCAGGCACUGAGCCAGCACCUGCCGGAAACCGGGGCCACCACCGAGCAGCUCCUGAGGCAAAGCUUGAAUACCAUCAGUCAAGAGUGGUUCCGUGUAUCCAGCCGGAAGUUAUCGAGCCCUGCAGUGGUGGCCGCCUACCUCCUCGAGGUCCAGCCUUAUUCCCCACAUCUUCUGAAGCUGCUUGUCAACUUGGCUGACCGAAGUGGGAACACAGCCCUUCACUACAGUGUGUCACACUCCAACUUCGCCAUUGUGAAGCUGCUGCUGGACACAGGCGUCUGCGACGUGGAUCAUCAGAACAGGGCUGGCUACACUGCUGUGAUGAUCACUCCCUUGGCUUCUGCAGAGACGAAAGAAGACAUGGCUGUGGUCUGGAAGCUCUUGCGAGAAGGGAACGUAAACAUCCAAGCAACUCAGGGAGGCCAGACUGCACUGAUGCUGGGGGUUAGCCACGACCGGGAGGACAUGGUCCAAGCGCUGCUGAGCUGCCAGGCGGAUGUCAACCUGCAGGACCAUGAUGGAUCGUCAGCCCUCAUGCUGGCCUGUCACCAAGGCAACGCCGACUUGGUACGACUACUCCUGGCACACCCGGCCUGCAACAGCAGCCUGACUGACAAGGCUGGCCAAACAGCUUUGUCCAUCGUGCUGAAUUCACCUGCCCAUGUGGAAAUUGCGGAGCUUCUGCAGGCCCAUUUGGAGCAAGGCAGGUCCCUGGGGCUGUAGAGGCUACAGAAGAGCUAACAGCCAGGAAGAAAAGGCCCCUUUUCUGAUCUCCUUUGCCCUUAGAGAGGGCCGGGGCCACAGGCAGAGGGCCACCAUUCAAAAGAAGAAGCUAUGUCAAAUAUGCACAAUACAUUCCCCUCAUCUAAUGCUGCUCAUUAGGAUGCUUAGUAGUUUUUUGCCUUAGGCCAAGCCCCCCAAACUACACAGGCUUCAGAGCAGGUCCAAGGUGCAGAGUGCACAGUGCAGUGGGGUUGUCCAGAAAUUCAAGACCUCUUCAGCCUUGAAUUCCUCAUGACUGUUUUAGCAGUCCUGUGUAGCAAGCAGGUGGGUAAGGGCACACUCACACAGUAGAAAAGCAAUACUAUUUACAUGGAGUUUUAAAGUACAGUCUUUUUGUUUUGAAUCAAAUAUAUAUAUAUAUACAAAUAUAUCCCACUGAAUAUGCAUGUCUAGAGAGAAUGGGAGAGGAAUCUAAAUUUAGGCAAGGUAGGCCGAAGCCCAGUGAUGUCAAUGCCAAGGCAUGGCACUUCUGAGUCCUCCAGUGGCUCCAGUUUCCUCUAUGGAAGUAAGCAGAAAAUCCAAUCCAAUGGUUAACACUAGGUGCAUGUUGGCGGAGUCCGGUCAUUUCAGCUGUUCUCAACCUAUGAAGAAAGAAAUGAAUUGGCUAGCUUCUUGCUGAGACUGAGUCAUUGUAGACAUCGUUGCUGGAAGCACAGGGCCCCUAUGAGCAGGUACUGGCUCUGAUAACUUCUGAGCUACUGGAUGCACAGAAGUCCAGCCUGGGCUUCAGUGGUAGGCAGCCAGGCAAGACAGAGCUCUCUCUGGACCAACAUCUCUCCCAGGGACAGUUCUUUCCUAGGCUUCCAUAUCCCCUGGGGCCUGUACGUGAAAGCUCUGAAAGUCUCAUGCAAAAAUCAUCUCUCUAUAAAAGGAAGCGUGUCAGAAUUGGAGAUGUGAACAGUGAAAACUCAAAAGCAAGAACUCCCAUUUGGGCUGGAAUGCCUAUGUGCUUGCUACCCCUUGGGUGAGUCACCAAGCCUUCAUAGGUGAUGGCUCCAUCAUCUUCAGAAUGGAGGUGAUCAUACACCCUCCCUCUGGGGUUCUUCAUAAGAAACUGCAUGUGGAAGUUUCAGAAUCCAGAUGAUAACCCAGAAAGACGGCCUUCAGAAACUCUGCAGCAAACUUCUCCCCACAGCGUGAUUGGUGAGAGAUGCCCAAAGUCCCAUGUGUGGAUGCUGCUCGGAGAUGGAAAGAUCAGUGCCUCAGAGGAGCUUUAGAAAAAAAAAAAAAAGCCACAUCAAAACACAAUGUAAAAGCAAACACAUACAUUAACAAAUGUUAGCUCCAUGCUUUGCAAAGGUUCAUGUGUAUCCAGCCCCCGGGAUCUUGUUAUGGGCCUGAGUUUCUAUGUACCCGACUAGGCCCAGAGGCAGUUAGGCCACAACCAAGCUUGGAGUAGCACAGCUCUGGCCUGUCCUUCCUGUAUAUAAAUUAAAAUGUUGCCUCUCAA